CAGCCGCCGCUCGCCUCCUCCUCCUCCUCCUCCUCCGCCACCGCCGCUCGGUCCGGCUUGGCUGACGCUGGGGCUGUAGGGCCGGGGUCGGGCCGCGCCUCCCAGCCCGGCAGGAGGUGGGACCAGCCCCGCGCUGCCGCCCGUCCCCUCCCUCCUGUAGGGCUGAGCCAUUCCGGGAAGGCGCCGGCUCCCCCGCCGCUCCUCGGCAGCGCAGCACCGGCAUCGGCCGCCACCGCGCAGGGCUCGGCCCCACGUCGCCGAGGGUUUGGGGGCGAGCGGCGGCGGCGGCAGCGCGGGGCCCGGCUCUCGUCUCCCGUCUCUCAUCUCCCCUCUCUCGUCUCCCGCAGCGGGAGGGGCGAGGGAACAAGUGGACGGAGCGCCCCGGGGUUGGGGGUCGGCCGCCUCGUAGUUGUUUCGCCCAGGGUAAGUUGGCCGAUCUCCUGUGAAGGCUUCGCUCGCAGCCCGCCGAUUCCCCGCCGCCCCCAGCCCAGUUUGGGGGCGCGUCUUUAUUUAUUUUUUUUCUUUCUUCCCCGUCUGGAUUGCAUUUAUUUUUUCUUUUUAUUAUGGAGUCUAUGGGGAAGCAGAUAUUCCAGUCGGGCUUUGCUGUACCACCUUGUCCAGCACGUUACGAGGAACUAUAAUUUUUCUUCCCUAAGAUGCAGCAGUGAAUUUCAGUCCCAGGAAGUCAAGCGAACAAAAAUAAUCCAGAUAACCUGAACCGUUUGCUACUCUGUAAGAGCAGGCACUUUCCAGGCACAGAUGAUGGCCAAAAAUUCCCUCGAGGGGUCUAAAGAGGACCUGAGCAAGAUUUCCGAGGAGGAGAUGCUGAGGUGGAGCAAGGAAGAGCUGGUGAAAAGACUGAGGAAAGUGGAGAAUGAAAAGAUGAACUUAAUGGUGGAACACGGCAACUUGAUGAAGGACGUGAACCGGAGGCUGCAGCUCCACCUGCACGAGAUCCGCGGGCUGAAGGAUAUCAAUCAGAAGCUGCAAGAAGAUAACCAGGAACUGAGAGACCUCUGCUGCUUUCUGGAUGACGACAGGCAGAAAGGCAAGAAGCUGUCGAGGGAAUGGCAGAGGUUCGGGAGGCACACGGCCAGCGUGAUGUGGAAGGAGGUAGGCAUGUACCAGCAGAAGCUGAAGGACUUGGAGGCGAGGCAGGAGACCCUGCUGCGGGAGAACGUGGAGCUGAAGGAGAUGGUGUUGAUGCUGGACGAGGAGCGGAGCGGGGCCGGCUCACGGAGCUCCAUCGACAGCCAGGCCAGCCUGACCAACCUCAACGGCGGCUCGGCCACCAGGGACGUGGGGGACGGGAGCAGCACCUCCAGCACGGGCAGCGCAGGCAGCCCUGACCACCAGCACCACCACCUCCAUCAUCACAAGGCUGGCGACAGCAAGGCCGGGGCCAUGCGGAGGUCCAUGGAUGACCUAUCUGCACCUCUUCAUCACCGGAGCAUCCCCAACGGUCUCAAUGAUUCAUCUUCCAACUACAUCAGACAACUUGAAACAAAAGUGAAGCUGCUGGAGGAUGACAACAAGCUUCUCUCUCAGCUGACUGACUGCAACAGCUUGCCACGAAAUUUCAGUAAGCAGUCCAGCACUGGGGAUUUGAGGACUCUGAGGAAAGGAUUGUCCCCAUACCACUCCGAGUCACAGCUGUCCUCACUGCCACAGUAUCAAGAUGCCCUGCAAAACGGACCAGCUCGCAUGACAGCUGAUCUUGCUUCAUCUCCUGCAGCAGGAUAUAUCCCUGUUGGUCAGAAACCAGAGGCUGUUGUUCAUGCCAUGAAGGUCCUGGAGGUCCAUGAAAAUUUGGAUAGGCAAAUGCAGGACAACUAUGAAGAAGACCUGAGUGAAAAGGAGAAGGCGAUUGUUCGUGAAAUGUGCAAUGUUGUCUGGCGAAAGCUGGGUGAUGCUGCAAGUUCCAAACCCUCCAUCAGGCAACAUCUGUCAGGAAACCAGUUCAAGGGGCCGUUGUAGGAGCGCCGUCCUGUGGGCUGGAGGUGAUUCUGUGAAGACCCAGGAGAGGCAGAGCUCGCUGUUUCUGGCUGCCUGUUCUGUGGGAGUUGGGGUUGAGUUUUUUCAGGGUUUCCUUUAUUUUUUUGAUGGUUUUUUUUUUGUUUGUUUGUUUUUUGUAAAUGUCAAUAGUGUAAAUAUGGCAGCUAAAGGCCUGAUUUCCAGGCUGUGGUGCUCUGGAACUGAUGUUCAAUGGGUAACCAUCCAAUAAUACCAGACUUGAGUCGUUUGUAUUGUAGUUCAAACCCACUUUGUUGUAUGGUCUGUUUUUAGAAUUUAACUAACUUGAGAGUGUUUUGAAGACGAACAAGAAGAACCCUUAACCCAUGGAGAACUCACAGUUCGUGUCACUCCUGCCCACCUGCUUGUCAAUGAUUCACAGCUAUGUUAGCGGCUCCAGGAGGCGCCUGUUGGGACCUUCUGAGCAAAGAACAAUUUGAAUUCCCCAGCCUACGGGCUGCCGGGCUCCUGAGCUGCUAUCAGCUUUCUGGAAGUGCUUGUCGUGAAGGAUGAAAUAGAACUGUUUUUCACCUGGCGCUGUGUAAAAACACUGAGUGGUGAGAUGAAAGCACUUUGCCCCCCCCGUGUACAUUGUGCGCUGGUACUCAUCACACAAGCAUACGGAAAAGCUUGAGACGCCCAUACGAGCUGUUAAUGAACUAUUUUUUUCUGAACAAAUGAUGAGAUUUCUGCAGCUGUAAUGUGAAUGGACUGACAUCACUUAGCCACACACCAGUAUUUCCUACAAGUAUGGCAACACUUUUCCUGUAAGGCUUUUACUACUAAGUAAUUCAGCGGAAACUGCCAUCCUAACAGCAUUCAUGGCUUUCACAGCAUCUUCAAGAGCAGCUCAUCUUUCACCUAUGGAAGAUUUGGGUAUUCUUUUUAAUGUUCUUGCUGGACCCCUCACCUCUGGUGGUAGCCGUGAAAGAUAACCCAACAACAACCUCGCAGUGCUGUUUAAAACUCAAUCAAUGCAGUCUGUUUGGUAAGACACCUUCCUGCCACUGAAGCUUUAUUUUUGUUAAUGAACCAAAACAAGUGGGUUUUUUUCUUCUUCAAAUGGUUGUAUAUAGAACAACAGGACUUAUAUUUUGCUAUUGUGGAGUGCCGCUUGUACAGCUGUAAGAGUUUGAACCUCACCCCUUCUCUUCCAAGCUAUCACAGCAGCUGUCCUUGUAUUUCUUUCAGUGUUCUUUCCCAUAUUUCCCAAUAGUGCGAGGAAGCUGAACUUGGUUCUUAAACCCAUUGGUGUAACAUAACGUUAAAGACAGAGACGUGGAACGAUCAAAGCCUUCUCUUCACAAGUUGCAUCAAUUUUAGUGAGUAGCUCAAAGAUGUAAUGACCUCAGACACCGUUACUUUUGUCUUAUCCUCUUUAGGACUCAGUCACAGCUGCAGAUGGAUCAGUGAGACAGGCUCUUCCUCUUCAAUUACUUUGCUCUACCGGCUGAGUCCUUGAUUUGUUCUACUUUAUGAAUAUGGAGCGCUGAUACAAUACCAGGAGGCUGCGAGAUAGGAAACAGAUAAUUGCUCCCAUGGUAAUUAGUGUAACUAGCUGCCUGGGUAAAGGAUUUGUGGUGCCAGAGCCUAGAUCUGAAAGCAACAAAAACAGAGCCAGAAUGCAACCAACGUUCAUGCUAACCAGCAAGAACUGCCUCAUUAUUCAGUGCAGAAAUAAAAAUGGAACAAAAAAAAAAAAAAAAAAAAAAGAAGAACCUCCCCCAAAGCGCACACAGCCACCAGCCAGGAGUUAUUAGGAGUUAUUAUUCACCACUGCUCAGUCACUACUGUUUCUUCACCCUGUAAAAUGUAGAUCUUUUUGUACCAGGUGAUACGAAUCAGACCAUCCUUCUUCCUUAGCAUGGAAGGCCUAACAGAGGGUUACUUUAUCUUCUGUCUGCUUGAAAGCCCGUUUUAAUUUUGGUGGCAUCUAAUCUCUGGAUUAAGCAGAGAAUUUAAUCACAUUGGGAACAAGGUUAAUUUAUGUCAGUGAAUUUUAACUAAAACAAUACAAACGUUGCCAGCACUUUGGGGGUGUUAAUUGCAUUGAUGACGUGUUUGCUAUUUGAGGACUUCAUUAAGACUAGCAAGUCCUCUCAAGGAGACAGGAGCUCUGCUAAUCAGAUUACCAGCCCUGCCAGCUAUGUGGCUCUCUCAAGUAUCCCCUGUAUCACUCUCUAUUCAACGACUUUAAGCAAAGCCUGUUUUGUUCCACCUGCAGAGCUCACCUCCAAGGGAAAUAGUGCUGUGAUCAAGGCCCAGUAGUGCUGCAAAGACUAUAGAGCCACUUCCCAGGGGAGCCAGCAGUCCAGCUGAGCAGCCUUUGCUACUCUUAGGGUGACAGUUGUUUUUCUAAUGAUUCUGUUUGGCAGCAUAGAUUUUCAGUGUAAGAUGUGCAUUCAUUUUGCAGAACACGAGUGCUGUACAGCAGGGCGUUGUCUGAGGAUAUUUAGGCAUGCUGCUCUUAACUCCGUUUGAGUCAUAAAGUGUCUUCCUGGAUUAAAAGAACGCUUGAUGACUUUACAGGAUGGGUUGGAUGCUAAGCUGAAAUAUCUGCAUAUUUAAAUGCACCGACCCAUGUGCUGAGUUUUUGGUUUCUGUACAUCACAUUGGAGGGGAGCAUCCCUUGAAAUCAUGGCCAUUGAAUUGCUGUUUGUUGGGCAGCAGACCAAAUGUAAUUUCCUCAAGCUUGAAGCCCUACGUUCUGCAGUCCUCUAGCAAAGGAAGCACCCAGCGAUCUCAAAUGAACUUUGCUUGCUUAAGGGAAGUGAAAUGACAUCCUUGACCUUUGUUGGAGCGACUGAAGUGAACGGCAUUUCCGUGGAAGGUUCAGGAAUGCUGCGGUGUAAGUGGCUGCAGUCGGCUCUUUGCGCCUGGCUGAGACCACUGAGCACAACCUUGUUUGAGAACGGCACAUUUUUAUCCAAAUAUUACCUAUUGAAAUGAACCAGUGUUCAAGUGACCUUUUAUCUUUUUAGAGACUGCGGGGGAAGGAGUUACUACUGAUCUUUUUCAAACGGAGUGCAUGACUGUAAAGUGAGAAAAUUGUAUAUUUUUCAUAACGUGGGGAAAGUCUAUUUGUGCUGCUUUAGAAAUCAGUUUCAAGCUUGAUUUCUGUUAAACCCGUGAUCUUCCAGCCCUGCUAUAUUUUCUGUAUAUGAAUUACGAAGCCCCGGAGAAGUAAGCACCCGCCGUUGUGUACAUAGCAGAGUUCUUUAGACCUUAGCACGCGUUUUUACCUAUUAUUGAACCACUCUGGCUUUUUUGGGGACGGAAAGUAUUAGUACAGAUUCUUUUGAUAAUGUGUGUAAAACAUUCAUUUGAAAUAUUUUAGUAAAAAUGAAGUAAGAGAU